AUGAACACAUCCACCAGUAGAUGCACACCCCCGCACCCGCCCGCGGGCCCUGCCCUCCUGCGGAGCCGGCUCCAGGCCGCCCGGUCUUCUGCCCGUCUCCCCGCCACUGCGGCGCUCUUGCCCAUCUGCGUGGGAGCUGCUCUGCCCGUCCCCUCACCUAGACCCCACCCCGAGCUCUGGGGCAGUUCCUACCACGGGCCACCCCGGCCAGCACUCUCCCCUCCCCCGGGCCCGCACCCCAUCCGCAUUGCUGUCCGCCAGCACCCCAUUCCGCACACAGUAGCCCAGCACGGGUGCAAACAACACAGUCAUCGUGUAGGCACAGGAGCUGCAGAGAGCGGAACUCAGCCGGAGCUGUGGUUCAGCCAGCUGAGACCCCUGGGAACCUGCCCCACCCCUUCCCGGGAACGGCCACCUCUCGGCAUGAGGACCAGUUCGCAGGGUGACACGUCACUCUCAAACAUCACACUUCCUGGACGACCUCGCCCAUCCAGCCCGGGCCAGCUGCCCCAGGCCCCACCCGGGGUCCGGCACAGACUCCUCCAGCUCCAGGCGGAGGUCACACGGCACGUCUGUCUUUCAGCCAGACCUCCUAAAAGCCCUCCCCAGAGAACUGAUAACCCUCCCACCAAGCAGGAAGCAGGGAGUCCUAGUAGGAUAGACUGCAAGCUCACAAGUUCCUCCAGGAAGCGUCUGAUUCUGCAGAAACAGGCUGUGACACACACCUGUCCGCGUGACGCCCGGCACCCGAGGCAUUCGGACGGUCCUGCAUUCACAUUCCUCGUGACAUUUGGAAUCUCCUGCAUUCACAUUCCUCGCGACAUUUGGAAGUUCCUGCAUUCACAUUCCUCGCGUCCUUCCAGAAGUAACGGCGUGGGUUCACUGAGAAGCCUGCUGGCGGGGAGACGGUUUCAACGAUGUUCAAGUCUCUGUCUCUUUAAAACGGAAAUUCACUCAAACUUUGAAAUUUUUCAUCAGGGCAUCAUGAUGCAGUUAGAACUGCGACAGCCUGCAAAGGUGCGUCGCCUGAGCCGCCUGCAGGGGAGGGGACGCUUCCGACAGGACGUCUCAGAGGCUGGGCUCAGGACUGCACUCCAUCCCUUUGCCACAUGCGCCAAGGCAGGCUCACCGGCCGGGAAGCCGAGCCUGCCUCCCGGUGGGGAGUGCGUGAGACCAAAUCACACCACAUCACUCCAGGGAUGCUGGAGCCUGAUGUUUGGGGGUGCUGGUGCCGUCGGGCCCUCUCGGCGCUGCGUCACGGGUGUGUCUGCCGAGCAGACGGGGGUCACUCCUUCCAGACCUGGGCACCGUGUCUUAGAAGUGACAGGCGGUGCAGUCAGGAAGGCCGCGUGGACGGCAGAGCCCGUGGGUUGGGCCCCUGGAUCAGGACUUACAGGAACGCUCUGCGUUUGGUUCCAAAGCGAGAAGACGGCGGACAGCCCGAGAGCUGUCGUCAAACUGUAA